GUAAUAAUUACAAUAGCAAUAUUGUUGAAACUCUAUAAGAAAAUUCUUUGGCCAUGCUUCAUUAUAACACUAGACAAUUAAAACAAUUAAAUACUUUGGCGUAGAUUUAAAAUGUAGAUCAAAGUUUGAUAUUCAAUAAUACAUUAUUUUAACUGCCGUCAUUAAAGGUCUACAUGUUACAAAAUAUAGCUACAAGCUGAGUGUGUACAGCUCGUUUCGGGCCAGAUACUUUUAAGCAUUCGGAGAUAUUAAGCUGGUUCUGUUAAUUUAAAAUAUACGUAGUAUUUGCAUUGUGAUAUUAUUUUUAUGUCUAAACAUUGUACAGGAAAUAUAUUUUGGAAAACUGAAAAAUGCGGACCUACGAAGCUAUUGCUUAAGGUACAGAACAUUUGCAAUACAGCGGCACCAAGUGAAGCGAUAUCAACGAAACGAUAGCCGACUACAGACUAUCUGCAGUUUUAGAAAGACUAUCGACUAAAAUGAAGUGUCGAGGGUUUGGCAGUCCGACAAUUUAGAUGAAAUCGAUAUUCAUUCCAGACAGCCCGAAAAUUUAGAUGAAAUCGAUAUUCAUUCAGGGCAGUCCGAAAAAUUAGAUGAAAUCGAGGGUCUGGGUGGUUUUCAAGUGCAAAUGGCGGGAAAUGAGAAAACAGAUUUAGAGGAAAUCGUUAUCUAUUCCAGACAGUCCGAAAAUUUAGAUGAAAUCGAUAUUCAUUCCAGACAGUCUGAAAAUUUAGAUGCAGUCGAUAUUCAUUCCAAGCAGUCCAAAAACACUGAAGAAGAUGAACAAUAUUCAGCUAGAGAAUGUAUGUCUUUACUUCUAAGCUUCUGUUCUCAAUGUCACCCUUUUGUUAAUACAUGUUUUAUAAGAGAAAUUCAAAAGCUAGCUCCGUCAUUCCAGAAGCUUUUAAAUAGUUUUAUUUGGCAGGACGACAAGAAAUGUCUGGCUAUAGUAGGAAGUUUUAGCGAAGGGAGUUUUUUACCUAGAUACAGUGACGUGGAUUUAAUGGUUACUGAUUACUCACUUAUUUGCUGUGACAUGAAUUGCUUAGGGGUUUUAAAACAUAGUAGCAAUAGAAAGGUACUUAUUGCUGAUAAACGACAUUCUUCUCCAGGUUAUACUUUAUUAUUAGACUUAGACGAUCCGUUUUUAACGCCGGCUAGACGAGAUGCCUAUUCAAAGUUUAUGUCCGAAGCAGAAAAGGUUUUUGGAAUACCUAGCAUUCUAAAUAUUGCAUUAAAACACAAAGACUAUCACGAUACAUGUGGUAUUUGGGGUACUAGGCAAGGCCCAGCGCUUCAAGUAGGAAACAUUUUCGGAAAUUUUUUUCCAAAAAAGCUAAGAACAGCGGGCAUGUUAAACUCAUUAGACAAUGUGAUUGCAAUUCCAUAUACUGGCAAUGACAUUAAAGCUUGGUUAAAUCGGAAGAGAAAGCAUGGUUGGCCCCCAGAAGAAGUAAAAAGACAAAUAAGUGAAAUGCAAGGUUAUGUUGUUGGAGUAGGGCAAAAAGGCAGUCCGCUUGAGGAAUAUGAAUGGAGGAUUUGUUAUACACAGGUUGAAAUCAAGCUAGUGCAUUCUUUAAAUGAAGUACAGAUGAUGUUGUAUAUGAAACUGAAACUAUUUUCAAACAAUUAUUUUAAAGAUACGUGUUCCGAUAUUACAUCAUACAUUAUCAAAAAUAUCAUGUUUUGGUUAGCAGAGUCAGUUCCAAAUAAGUUUUUUCAGUGGAAAUAUUUCAUUCAGCUUACUCGUGUCACACUUAAUUGUUUAAUGACAUGUGUUCGCAAAAAGUAUUUACCGAACUACAUGAUUCCAAGAAGAAAUUUAUUCGCUGGGAAACUCGUAGAACAUGAACAAGAAGUAUUACUUGAAUUAUUGUCCUCAUUUAGGUACUCUAUGAGCUUAGAUGUUUUUAAAGAUCUUGAAGGUCACUUAAAAAGGCGAUCUGUGUUAGUAAAUAUUUUGAGAUUGGGAACACAAUUUAUUGAUUAUUUAGCACAACACAUUAGCAGAAGAAAAUUUGAAAUCGAAGAUAUAAAUGAUUUUAUACAUGAUUGUACCACAGUCAUGUGCUUAAAUGGCACCGAAAAAGUUGAAUUCUCCAAAUGUGCCAAAGCUGGCGAUAUCCAGAAAUUAUUUUCUGUGAUGUUUAAUUCAAAAUAUUGUAAUUGUUUAGCGUACACGUUCGUUUUGUUAGAUGUAUACGGAAAGAAAGGAAAAGAAAUGAUAGCAUCUGACUCAAAAUUUGCCAAAGAACUGUAUGUUAGAGAAAAGUAAGUUAAUCACAAAGAGUUUUCAACAAAAUAGAUUUCACUUUAAGCUUAUUCUAGUUUUGUAAAUAGAAAACAUGGAAACUUCACAGGUCGCUCAACACGACAAAAGUUGCAGGCUCGGUUUGGUUGAGCCUCUUCAUGGACAGUAGUGGAAAUGCAUGCUACCGUCCACGCCCUCUAGCCCCUGGUUGAGCAGAAUUCAACAUUUACACAUGCUUAAAAGUAGAAAAAGCCAUUUUCCGAUUUCUGUCUAAUUUUCAUUGUCACACUUGUGUACAUGAAUGCAUGUAUCACAAAAAAAAGCGAAAUGAAAAAAUAUACUUCUUAUUAAACAUUUUACUGCUUGUUCUUUCCUCAAUAAAUUUUUUUUUUAAAUUUCUGAAAAUGUUCCUGAAAUGUUUUUGAAUAAAAUAAGGUUUCGAAAGUC